AACGGUCCAACCUAACGGAUGGCUCGCCGCCUGCCGUCUGCGUGAGUUUCCACUCCCGCGGCGAUACCGGCUCGACUUACUGAACCAAGCGAAAUACCGAGAGACUGUGACAUUGGGACGGCGCGGCGUUGUAAUAAAAAAAUUACGUAUUGAUACGUAGUGUAUUUAUUUUCAUCGUUCUUAUUUCUAUAAAAAUCAUUAAGACAAGUUCUAAAGAAAAGAGGGAAAGAAUAAGCGCGUCGAGCCGAGGAUUAGCAGAAGACUCGGAAUUCCAUCUGGAGACUUUCUAACGAUUGUUCAAUCCCUCGGUACAGCGAUUUCAAACUCCGAAGCACGAAACGGGGAAGGAAUUGCGCGCGCGAAUGUGUACGGUCGCGACGUCGGAAACGGGGCCGUCCCCGCAGCGAGUCCAUCGGAAAAUGUAGAAGGAUGUAUAGCGACGCUGCGGUUGACAGACGACAAGUAAGAAGCGAGAAGCGGCGCGGUACUCGUUAACCGGUUUCCGCGGGUCGGCAUGCAGAGCGACACGUAGUCGGGGCUACGCACGCCAUCGAGAGCGGCUCACGAAUCCUCCGCGCGUGUGUCGCACGUAGAACUGGAAUUCCGAGUCCCAUGACGUCGCGAUCGUCGUCACCUGCUAAUAAUACGGCAUCGUCUCGCGGGAGACACGGGAGAUCGGCGGCCACCGGGGAGGGAAGAAGCCAGCUUCGCGCGUCAACGACGGACUCCCGACAGCUUUGCGCAAUGGAUGUACCGUCGGUGCCACCGUAUUUCCGUUACCGAACGGAUACCGGCGUCAGUCACGUUAGCCGCACCAGGAUCGAGUGGUGCUCAUCCACAUGCCGCUACGAGAUAUACGUAGAUUGAAACUUGGCGACUUCAAGAUUAGGCGCCUGGUUCCGCGAUAUAGGUGUCGGUAUUGUCGAAGGGAUAUCUUCGGAGAAAGGUGUUGGACGCGGCAAACAUUUUAACGUCGUGCCCGACGUGCCGGUGUCUCGUGCAUUAGAAAGUGCGCCGCGUAGUGUGCCGUGAAUGUGUGACCGGAAAUGUGUGGAAUAGCGAUGUUAGAAAUGCGAAUAACCGGUGUGAACCGUGUGACGGCACGAUCCCUCCUGGAUGUAACAAUAAUGCCGAAUUGUCGUCUUGUGAUAAAAUCGGGAUAAAGUUCUCUUUCGUGAAAAUUAAGGGCGGCGAGAAGGCAGGCGAUUUCGCAGGACAACGUGCAAGGUACAACGGUCGCUGUGGCAUGAGGAGGCUUGCACGCAGGCGCAAUAUCCUGACCGCAUUCUUUGCGAUUAUGGGACGCCUUGGCAAAGGCUCGCAGAGCGCAAGCACAAGGCCCAUUUUCAGGGUGCACUAUCGCAAGCUCGUGGACGAGUACUCGCAGCAGGAGCAGUUGAGGUUCAUGCCCGCGCUACCUGACUACAUGUCGUAUUGCUGUUGCCGAUGUGGUCACACUCAAAAACUCAAAGCGGAGGAGCUGAACACCAUCGUUGGCAAUGCUUUCCGCAUGGCGUACGUGGCGCAGCUUCAGCGCCAACCGAUCCUUCAGGAUGUAAUCUCACCGCGAGCGACGCCGUCUUAUCGCAAGGACAAGCAGGAGCAUCGAACGUCGUGGAACAAAUCGCUGCCCGGAGACGACACGAUCGCCGCGGGCGCUUGCAGGAGUCCGUCGUCGAACUCGUGGCUGAAAAGUCGGACGUCGCCCACCUCCAAGUCUGGAAGGGGUCCGUCCGCAGCGGAUAUGAACGUGCAGCUCGGCAGCGCCGGCUCGCCCACGCUACGACUCGCCAGCGUAAAGGCGCCGAACACGAUCCCGGGUCUACGGCCGGCGUUUACGAACGUCCUCGGGCCCAUAACGAACGCGGACGAGCCGAAGAGCAUAUCCCAACAGAGCACGCCGAGCAGUGAUGAGAGCAACUCGCCGACGGAGUUGAACUCGUACAAGAGGCUAACGGACAAGCCGCCGCUGAUAAAGCGGUUGGCGAUGGGUUUGACAGGUGGACGCGACGUUCUUGGGCUGAACGGUGAGGAUGACAGCUGCCCGCUCGUCAGCGGUAGCAGCACGCCGACCAGCCCAUCGAACAGGCCCCAUUCCGGGGGCUACAUAAACGAGGCGAUCAUCGACUCGGAGGGCAUGAGGCCGUCAUACAACAAGAUCCCGCCGUCCGAGAGCCUCGACAACACCAUCAACGCGUCCAUCACCAACGCGAAGAAUUUCAACAUCGAGAACAACAGGAUAGGGCACAAUUGCCCAGACUCGGGCACGGAGGCGGAAUUCAAGUCGAAAAGAAGAUCGCAAAUUAGCACGUCGAGCAGCUCGGUGCCCGCUGACGGAAGCACUCAUGGCUCCACGCCAACCCCGCCGCCUUUACCCGAGAGAACAGACAGCCUGAAUAAUCGAAGCGAGGAGGCCGAGCUACGCAAGGCGCCCUGGUUUCAAGCUGGAAUACCCAGAGAAAUAACGCUGGAGGUAUUGAGCCAGGAGCCGGAAGGAGCGUUCAUGGUGCGCGAGAGUACCAGCAAGCCCGGAUGUUACGCUCUCUCCCUCCGUGUGCCCCGUGAAUUCCAGCCGAGCGGAAUAGCCCAUUAUCUCAUAAUGCGUACAAACAAAGGUUACAAAAUCAAAGGCUUCACAAAAGAGUUCACGACGCUCACCUCGCUAAUCACUCACCAUUCGGUCAUGCCGGAAUUAUUGCCGUGCCCGUUGUCGCUGAGCCGAUAUAAUCCGAGCUUCGUCAAGACUGACUCCAGCAAGGAUUUCGCGGACAUCGAUUCGGACCCGGAUUACAAUACCCUGGCGGAUUUUCGCAAAAUGAUGGCCGAUUUGAAUGUCUAGAAUCGUCGACUAUUCUUUCUUUCCCUCCCUCCCUCUCUCUCUCUCUCUUUUCUGCACUUUUCUACAGUUUGUCGAUUCAUGUGAAACCAGUUGGAAGAUACGCGAGGCACCGUUCGGUAUAUUUGUACCUGAAUCGAUUUUGUGCCAUUGCAUUGUACGUAGAGAGCCGACGUUACUUGCGAUCGUUAUCCGCAAGAAGAGAUCCUGCAGCGUCUGGGGAAAUCGGCAUCGGCGCGACGCACAUUGGACGACGCUUAGUUAACGAAUCUAUGUUCCGGAAAGACUCGCACAGCCACACCAGUGAUACAUACUCGUAAGUCAUUAAUAACGGUAAGAAACAUAGCGUAGAUAAUUUAAUAACUGCUAGCGUAUGUAUACGGACGCGUGACUAGAAUAGCGAUGCGAUUUUUUUUUUGUAUUACGGCACGCGCGCGCCUAGCGAGAUGUUUAGUAUUAAGCUUCCUAUAGCGAUUGACUGCUGUCGAAACUUGAAUCGGAAUAAAUUAUUUUCGCGAAACGGAAUAUAUAUGUAUAUGUUCGAAUGCUCGUUAGGAAGAUUAUAUUAUAUUUUUGCGAGUUUCUCUGCGUUAAACGGACUGUCGAAAUCAAGUUUUGUUAUCGUUUGGCUCGCUCCCGACAGUUGCCAAACGAUUCGUAAUAAUAUAUCCUUGUUAUAAAACGCGCAACAGUCGCGAAAUUGGAGAAUUAAGAGGAACGAAUCGAUUCGUUGCGAAAGAUUACGAAUUUAAAAGUUUUUCGAAUGAAUUUUAAUUUACAGUUAAAAUAGAAUUGAAAAACACGUUCAAAGGACGUCAAAAGUGUAUGACGAUUCAGGAGGAAACCGAAGGUGAUAUACAUAUGAAAGAUAUAUGUUCUCCGAGAGAAAAAUCGAUAAUUUCUUUCUGGGAUAGCGUUAUAUUAAGAUAUUAUAUUUUUCCAUCUAGUUCCUCUCUCGAUUGCAGCUUCACGGCGUCCGAAAGUGAUCUAGUAAGUUUUAUUCAAUUGAAACGGUUAUCUAAUACUUUCUUGUAAGAUUUAGUUCAGGAUCGUGUUACCAUCGUCACACACAUAACGUAAACUACACUGAUUUAUGAUCGCUCCGGAAGCGGGAGGGCUAUUGUAUAAUAGGCAAACGCGAUUGCCUUUUCCGCUUUAUAUGACCGGAUUUUAUAAUUAAUCAAAAGUGCAUCCUUCAAAUGUGAGAAAUACGAGGGAGCGUCACAUAUUCUGUACCUCGAAACGAAGGGUUCAGCUAAUUGUAAGUGAAUUGAAUCAUUUAAAAGUGUUCGAGCUUGGGAGCAAAAUCAAGACAGGUCAAUUAUCGAGCCUGUUAUGUGUCGAAGUUAGAUUCUUUCGUUGUCAAUUUAAUCGCAUUCCGAUGGUAUAUUGCAAUCCGAUAUAUUGGGGACCAAAAACGAAAAAUAUUCACCGAAAUUUCGAUGAAAUGAGAGACAAUUUGAUCCCGUUUAGUAUUGAAAAUGGUAUAAAUAAUUUCGAUUGCCAUAUAUUUCAAUUAAUAACGCAUAUAAAAUAACAUGGAAAAUGAAAAUUUUCUGAUUUAUUUUUCAUUCUACAGCGAAUGGAAUAAUGAAAAACUAUUGGAAGAUAUUCUAUUAUAACUUGUUGAAAUCAAUAUAUAUAAUAUACAUUUUUUUUUUUAAAUAAAACUAUAAAACGAAAGUAAAAACGAACGAUGUAUUUUUCGUGUUUGGCCCCUGAUCGCAAUAUUGAUGUACAUGUGUUUAUAUGUAUAUAUGUUACAAUUAUUCUCACUCGCGCGUUAUAUUUCCAUACGUAUAUUUAAUUAGUAAACGUCAAAGAGGAUUAGCAAACGGCAUGGAAUCUUGGAAAUGCAAUUACGCCUAAGAGGGGACAUAGAACUUCCUCGAAAUUUCGACUCGGCGAAACACGAAUUAUAUUGUAAUGGGCGAUAAUUUAGUUUCUCAGCUAUCCUAGUCUUGUACAGAAAUUCGCGCAUAGCUACGAUACAAUGAAAAUUAUACGAUUACGCGUAGGUAACUAUCGUAUUUAAACGACUCUCAGCGACGACGAGACACUAAAUCACGUGGCACUUUUUUAUACACCAGAAAAUAAUUUUCCGAGUAUAAAAUCACCAAGUAUUAUCGAUUUCGUGGCUAUUGAGUAGGAUAUACAAACUACAUAAAAAAAAAAUCUACAAACUGCCAAUAUAACAUCUCAUCAAAACCUGCCAAUAUAAACAUCUCAUCAGAAACAUUUUUCAUUACGACCGUUACUCAUUACGAAAAAUAAGAGUAGAGAUUAAGCCCGCAACGAUCUCGGUGAUUAAAUUUUGAUGCUGUAGGGAUAUACGGGAAUGUGUGUAAAGGCGACAUAUAUAGCGUACAUUUUUGUAGCAUCUAUUAAAUUUUCCAAAAUGAUGACGGUUUUCGAUUCCUAAGCGACAAAUGAGAUUGCAUCGAUAAUCGUGUCGCGGCAAGUUUCAUAUUCAGAUUCACAUCUAGUAACACAUUGUGCUGGGCGAAAGCUCCGAAUGAUCCAUAUGCUGCAUUGAAAUCGUAUGUAUGAUAUGUAUAAUAGAUUUCUGCGAAUAUGAAUCGACUGUAACUUUCCGCUUCAACAAUGUGUUCCAAUGCUUUAACGACAACGCGAAUUGCUAAAAGUGUUAUUGUUGUAAUAACGAAAGGGAAAAAAAAUCUCAUCACAGAAAUAUCCGUAUCUGUAAAAUUUCAUUACAUCCACGACAAAUCAUUUUUUAAGCAAUUGCGUAAAAAAAAGGGUGAUGUGUCUUAUAUCGUUAUAAUCUCACGCACAUGCGCGAUCUAAUGGAAAUCGUGCAAAGAUUUUAAAACGGUGUUUUUGGAAUAUAAAGUUAAAAGUAACGAGAGUAAAACCGAAGAAGAGUGUUUGUAUUGCGAAAUCGAUUAAUGCGUGCUAAGAUAAUCGCGCAAGAAACGCAGCAUAAUUAACUGUUGUAAUGUACGCUAUACGCAUGACAUUAAUCACUGCUUGAGGUUUGUAAUGUUUUAUGAAUUUAUUAUCGCGAUGCGUUGUAUAAUGUCAAGAGAAAUUAUUUAUUACAAUAAAUAUAAUACAAAGUA